AUGAACGACGAAACACAGUUCACAGAGAGGGCACUGCAUAUCCUUACAGUUGCCCAGAAGCUAGCCACUGACCACCAGCAUCCUCAGUUGCAACCUAUCCAUUUGCUUGCUGCUUUUAUUGAGACUCCUGAGGAUGGGUCCGUGGCGUACUUACAAAACUUGAUCGAGAAAGGUCGCUACGACUACGAUUUGUUCAAGAAGACAGUGAACAAAGCAUUGGUGCGUGUGCCUCAGCAGCAUCCUGCACCAGCGGAAGUCACACCAAGCUAUGCCUUGGGUAAAGUGAUCCAGGACGCGGUAAAGAUACAGAAGCAACAAAAGGACUCUUUUAUCGCCCAGGAUCAUCUGCUAUUCGCUUUGUUCAAUGACGCUAGUAUAAAACAGGUGUUCAAGGAUGCCGGUGUCGAUACUGAGGCUGUUAAACAACAGGCCUUGGAAUUGAGAGGUAGCCAAAGGAUAGACUCCAGAGGUGCCGACACUAAUACACCCUUGGAAUACCUAGGUAAAUAUGCUAUCGAUAUGACAGAACAAGCCAGGCAAGGUAAGCUGGACCCUGUCAUCGGUAGAGAAGAAGAAAUCAGAAGUACCAUCAGAGUCUUGGCUAGAAGAAUAAAGUCUAACCCAUGUCUGAUCGGUGAACCUGGUAUCGGUAAAACCGCCAUCAUCGAAGGUGUCGCUCAAAGAAUCAUCGACGAUGAUGUUCCAACCAUUCUACAAGGUUCAAAGCUGUUCAGUCUGGAUCUGGCUGCUCUAACGGCUGGUGCAAAGUACAAAGGUGACUUUGAAGAGAGAUUAAAGGGUGUGUUGAAGGAAGUCGAGGAAUCAAAGACUUUGAUUGUCUUGUUCAUUGAUGAAAUUCACAUGCUUAUGGGAAAUGGUAAGGAUGAUGCUGCCAACAUCUUGAAGCCAGCCUUAUCCAGAGGACAUUUGAAGGUGAUUGGUGCUACAACCAACAAUGAAUAUAGAUCUAUUGUCGAAAAAGAUGGUGCUUUCGAGAGAAGAUUUCAAAAGAUCGACGUCCAGGAGCCAACAAUUAGACAAACUGUCGCUAUUUUGAGAGGUCUACAACCAAAGUACGAAAUUCACCACGGUGUCAGAAUUUUAGAUAGUGCUUUGGUUACUGCUUCUCAGUUGGCUAAGCGUUACUUACCCUACAGAAGAUUGCCAGAUUCAGCAAUUGAUCUGGUAGAUAUUUCAUGUGCGGGUGUCGCUGUGGCAAGAGACUCAAAGCCAGAAGAACUUGACUCUAAGGAACGUCAACUGCAAUUGCUACAAGUUGAAAUAAAAGCUCUAGAAAGAGACAAGGAUGCUGACUGCACCACUAAGGACAGAUUGAAGCAGGCUAAGAAGAGAGAGGCAUCUUUGAUCGAAGAAUUAGAACCAUUGAGACAACGUUACAACGAAGAAAGAAAGGGCCAUGAAGAGCUAACCAAAUUGAAGAAGAAGUUAGAUGAAUUGGAAAAUAAGGCUCUUGAUGCCGAGCGUAGAUAUGAUACUGCUACUGCCGCUGAUUUGAGAUACUUUGCUAUCCCAGAUAUCAAGAAGAAGAUUGACGACUUAGAAAACCAAGUUGCCGAAGAGGAACAGCGUGCGGGUGCUAAUUCAAUGAUUCAAAACGUUGUGGACUCGGACACUAUAUCUGAGACAGCCGCAAGACUGACUGGUAUUCCUGUGAAGAAACUAUCAGAAUCUGAGAAUGAGAAGCUAAUCCAUAUGGAACGUGAUCUCUCCUCAGAAGUUGUUGGUCAGAUGGAGGCUGUUAAGGCUGUGUCCAACGCUGUAAGACUUUCCAGAUCUGGCUUAGCCAAUCCUAGACAACCGGCAUCAUUUAUGUUCCUUGGUUUGUCCGGUUCUGGUAAGACAGAACUGGCCAAGAAGAUUGCCGGAUUCUUAUUCAAUGAUGAAAACAUGAUGAUUAGGGUUGAUUGUUCGGAAUUGAGUGAAAAGUACUCUGUAUCCAAGUUAUUAGGUACAACUGCAGGUUACGUUGGUUACGAAGAGGGUGGUUUCUUAACUAAUCAACUACAAUACAAGCCAUACUCAGUUUUGCUAUUUGAUGAGAUAGAAAAAGCACACCCUGAUGUUUUGACUAUUUUGUUGCAAAUGCUAGAUGACGGUAGAAUUACUUCUGGCCAGGGUAAGACGAUUGAUUGUUCCAACUGUAUUGUCAUUAUGACUUCCAACCUUGGUGCCCAAUAUAUUAACUUACAGAAAGGUUCCAAGAUUAUGGAUGAAACCAAGACUUUGGUAAUGGAAGCUGUUAAGCAGCACUUCAGACCAGAGUUUUUGAACAGAAUCUCCUCAAUUGUUGUAUUCAAUAAACUAUCAAGAAAGGCAAUCCACAAGAUUGUAGAUAUUAGAUUGAAAGAAAUUGAAGACAGAUUCGAGAUGAAUGAUAAGCACUACAAGUUAGAACUAACUCCAGAAGCCAAGGAUUUCCUAGCAAAGUACGGUUAUUCUGAAGACAUGGGUGCCCGUCCAUUAAACAGACUAAUUCAAACUGAAAUCUUGAAUAAGAUGGCUUUAAGGAUCUUAAAGGGAGAAAUUCAAGAUAAGGAAACUGUUAAAGUUGUCUUAAAGGUUGGCAAGGAACGUGGGUCUGCUAGUACUGAAGAUGAGGAAGAAAGUCUUGAUGUCCUACCAAACCACGAGGCAACCAUUGCAAUUGAUAACGACACUAUGGAUAUUGACGAUGAUGAUGACGAUGAUGCUGUUGAUGUUGAUUAA